UUAGUGGAAUUAGGCCUUAAUUUUAUGGAAGUACUUCAAUAUAUUAGAAGAAGAAAACUAUUCCGACGAUGGUGGAGUAAACCUCAUAUCAGGCGUAAUUAUUUGACAGGAUAUAAUGGUUACCAAAGGGUGUUUAAAUAUUUCAAACUCAAUGAUGAAGAAGAAUUUAUUAAUUUCACAAGAAUACCUGUAUACAUUUUUGAGUACUUAUAUCAACUGCUUCGUGUUAGUUUGAUUAAAAGGAGUAGGAGGCCACCUUUACCAAGUGAAUUAAGAUUGAGUUUAACAUUAAAUUAUUUAGCACAUGCUGAUAGUAUUAAGAAAAAUAAGUGGUUUUAUAAUAUUGGAGAAACUACUAUAAAAAAAGUGAUACCUGAAUUUAUGUCAGAUCUUUUUUAUCCCAAUUGUAUUGGAGCUUUGGAUGGUAAAUAUUGUAAGAUAAAAAAGCUACCCAAUAGUGGGAGUCUAUUUUACAAUUACAAAAAAUUCUUCAGCAUAGUGUUCUUCAGCAUGGCUUGCUGUGAUUCAAAAAAACGCUUCAUAUGGGCUAAUAUUGAAGAUUAUGGUUCUUUGAACGAUGCCAGUAUUUUUGCCCAUAGUGAUCUUGAACAUGCCCUUCUACAAAAUGAAAUUCAAUUACCACGUUCUACACAGUUACCAAAUUCACAAAUAGUCUUUCCUUUUCAUUUCAUGGGAGAUGGGAUAUUUCCAUUAAAAACAUAUUUAAUGAAACCAUUCGAUGAGUUUUGCUCGGAGAAUAAUUGA